AUGCAUUCGGGACCAAUUAGUCCGAAUUUCGGCUGCAGCCCUCGAAUCGGCUUCAAACGAACCCGAAGGCUGAACGGCGAGCCGCUCUUUCUUCCCCUAGGAAAUGUAGAUGAUUUUGACUUUUUGUUUGCCGGUCUCUGCGAUGAGCAAACGAUCCUCGUUGGGCUGUUCGUGUUUCCAAGAAGCUAUCUGAUGAAGUGGGGUGUGUGUGCUCAGAGCUUCGCUGGUGGGCAAACCAGCAUGACGCUGUAUCCACCCGGCUGUGACGUAAACUUUCGUUGGCAGUCUAAACGUGAACAAGCAGAGGAGCAAAAACAGUUUUACAUCGACUUGAGCGCACGAGGACGUACUUGCGAGCAUGAUAAGGUACAAGAUGGGAGACAAGAUGUAGGAACGACAGUAGGACAAGUAAAAUGCGCAGCUUCAACAGAAAUUAUUAAAAGAUUUCAAAGUAUCAUUUUGGGUGAGUUUGGAUAGAAGGGUGGAGACACAUUUUAUUUUGCUAUCACGAGCGCAAAUGAG